AGUAUGAGUAAACGAGAAGUAUCUUCAUGUCACUUAAUACAAAUAUGAGAAAUAGGCCGCGUUUUGACGCCAAACUGAUAACGUUAGAUAAGCGCUAACGGCGCAGGUAGGCGGCGCUCACGGACACUAGUGCGGGCGCGCGGCCGCUUGCGUCUGGACUGCCUGCCUCGUUUGUCGCGAAAUAGAACUCGAGAUAGCGAUAGCGCUGAUAAAACUUUGCUCAUAUGAAAUUAUAACUACGGUCGACUAUUAUUUCAGCUUGGAAAUUUAGUAACAAAACCUGAAAAUUAUACAUCAUAGACACUGGGUAUCUAUACCUAGGUACUACCGACCAUUCAAUGAUAUGCAUUUAUAUACCGUUAUAGGAAAUGUAAUGUACAUAAACGUUAGUACCAAUUACUAAACAGUUGCUUAUAAAUCAUUUAUCAAUAUUAAAACUCUAUGCGUCAAAGAAUUAAAUACGUAUCUAACUGAUAAGAUUUACUUUUUGAUAACGAUUUACAGAUACCAAUAAGUAAUUAUCGCUGUACGUUUUGUUAUUCGAUCGUAAUGUCACCAGGACUGACGUAGCAAAUAUGAAAAAUUCUUGUAUAUCUUUGUUUCUUUACUUAACAAUCCAAACAUACGUGCUUGCAAAUCGGUGUGAAAUAGCUGACAUAUGUGUGACUGAUCUUUCGCAAGCUGACUGCGGGGCCGGGUUUGUAGUAGUGCCCAACGCGACCAUAUUUGGAUGCUGCCCUGGAUGCAGACUGGACGACGGUACUGAAACCGAUCCCGCGGAAGGGUGUCGCCCCCCUGCCAACUGUCUACCGGACGGACGAUACGCACCCGUGCAAUGUAAAGGCGAUUUAUUUACAGGGAGAUGUUUCUGCUCUGAUGGAAAUGGGAACAGAAUAUUUGGACAAAUGUGGAGGAGUGAAGCCAAUGAAAUGACUUGCGCAUGCAGUAGAAAAAGACACGAAUUGCAAACUCAAUACGGCAAACUGUCUACUUUACACUGCACUUCCAAUGGUGACUAUGAGCAACUGCAGUGCGACGAAGAGAUGUGCUGGUGCGCGCAGACGAAGACGGGUCAACCUACCACGCCGCCAGUGCACCAAGUGGACAUGAGACGGUUACCAUGUUUUAGCGCAGCAUCAGUCGGCGAGCAGUACCUGCGGAGAUGUGAAAGUAUCGUGCACGCAUUGGCCACGAUACACAGAGAACAGUCGGCACACGGAACCCACUUCUUGGGCAAUCCAAUUACGUUCUGCGACUUCGACGGAAGCUAUGGACCAUAUCAAAUUCAAAAUGGAAUCGCCUACUGCACCGGUCGAGACGGUAAAAUAUUGGGCUCGUGGCAGGUCGUAGUCAGCGAAAUGCAGGGAAUUAACUGCAAUUGCGCUCGUGAUACGAUACUGCACUUCCCGGAAAGGGGCAUGACAGUUUCAGAAGUGUGCGAGCCGAACGGUAACUAUCGUCCCAAUCAGCGCGCCGGCAAUGUGACGUACUGCGUCGACUCGGACGGCUAUCAGCUGGAGAAGGAAGACUGGCCAGCAGUGUGCCUUGCUGACAUCAGAUAGGAUUUCUAAAUAGCUAUGAUAUGAUUGUAUGAAAAAUGUUAAAUAUUUAAAUACAUUAGAUUAAAUAACAGGUAAUUGAAAAGUUUUUAAUUAAACAUACAUCGUCCGUAAAACCUCAGUGCCUGAAGACAAAAAUCUUCGAACAGUGCGUGUUGCCAGUAAUGACCUAUGGUUUCGAGACUUGGUCGCUAAUGGGAUUCAUAAGAAGGCUCAGAGUCACACAGCGGGCGAUGGAACGAGCUAUGUCAGGAGUAUCUCUGCGUGAUC